GAAUGUUGGGUAAGCAGCAGUCCAUUCACGGUGACGCUGACGCGUACACGGUGCCCGUGUCGACACCGGUGAUUCGCGCGCCGGUGGUCCCCGAAUCCGUGGCCCGGUAGAGUCGGUCGCGCGCAAUCGAAUCUUCGCGCAAAUUCGCCGCGAUCGUGGUCCCGGAUUGCAACGAGCGAAAAUCGGAGGAAGAAGCAUUCUAAUUGCAAGACGAUUUAAUAAAAUAAAAGUUGAAAUAAUGAAAUAAGUGCAUUUCUGCGAACGGGAUCAGCUUUCAUUCAAAGAAAAGAAACGUCAAGUGGACUCUGAUGAAGAUCGACUGAAAAUUUAACGAAAUGAAGUUCUCGCGAGAAAAUUAAUUUUUUUUUUUAAGAAAACUAGGUAAUUAAAACGAGGAAGGAAAGAUUGUUUGAUGACGGAUUGACGAGUUGAUAUUAAAUCAAAUUUGUGCUAGUCAGCUAUCAAAGAAGACCGCAAGACUCCACUCGCGAGCUUAUAAUAAGUGAACGACCGGGAGGAAAAUUGUACCAUUUCUUGUGAACUUUAUUUAAAUGAUUCGAAAUCUGACAUAUCGUGAAGUGACUUUAUCGUCUCUCGUCAAGACACAGGCGAGAACGCACUGAAGAGGAAGGCUAUUGUUAAAUCGAAAACACCUGAGAUCCUUCAGUUAACAGAAGUCAGCAGAUUUCCCUCUUCGAUUACGUGUUUCGUCGACAGGCUUAUGGCUGGUCUGAGAUAAGAGCAUCUAGCGAGCGGAAAUGGUUUUGAAACAGCAGACGCGUCGUCGCAUCCGCUUUACGUCAGAUCGCUUCGAGCAAGUGCGUCGUGCCGGAAUUUUAGAUCGCGGUUUCCUCCUCGUGGGAAUGUCCCAUGCCGUCUCUUUCGUACCGCGCUAUAAUCAGCUAUAAUGUAGUCUCAACCAUGUCCGCACGAGUUUAUAUCCGCUAAGGGGAACGCAAGUCGAAUAUUUAAUCCCGUUCUUCCGCCCGUGAAUGUCGCAGGCCUUCGGGGCCGGAUCAAGGGCGAAUGGAAUCGCUGGACCAGAGCUUUGACACCUUCGGCACGGCCGGCAUAAUGGACGGCACGAACACGUGGUUGUCACGCAUCAUGGACAACGUCACGCAUAGCACCAUCGUCGACGCGGAACUGUCGAGAUUUCCGAAGCCUUUAAGGACCUUCGCGGCGGUAAUGGCGAUCAUCAUCAUGAUUAUUGGUCUGGCCGGUAAUCUACUGACAAUCGUUGCUUUAUGUAAAUAUCCCAAAGUUCGCAACGUUGCGGCGGCCUUUAUUAUAAGCUUAUGCAUCGCGGACUUCGUGUUCUGUCUGCUGGUGCUGCCGUUCGACUCCAUCAGAUUCAUCAACGCCAGCUGGACGGACAUACGAUUCUUUUGCGUUUUCGUGCCCUUUUUACGGUACGGUAACGUCGGCGUCAGCCUCCUAUCCGUCGCAGCGAUCACUAUCAAUAGAUAUAUUAUGAUAGCGCAUCACGCUAUUUAUAGUAAAGUUUACAAAAAGUUCUGGAUAGCCGCGAUGAUAAUCUUCUGCUGGGUAUUCUCUUACGGAAUGCAGAUACCUACGCUAUUGGGAAUAUGGGGUAAAUUCGACUACGAUCCAAAUCUGGAGACCUGCUCCAUCAUCAAGGACCGUCACGGUCGCACUCCCAAGACAUUCCUCUUCGUCAUGGGAUUCCUGAUACCCUGUGUAGUGAUCGUCGGCUGUUACGCCAAGAUAUUUUGGGUGGUGCACAAGUCGGAAUCGCGAAUGCGAAAGCACGCUGGACCGACGAUAAAAUCGCCUCAUACGCCCGGAAGGGACAUCAGGGAGCUCAAACAGAAGCGCAGCGAAUGGAGGAUCACGAAGAUGGUACUGGCCAUCUUCCUCAGCUUCCUCGCGUGCUAUUUACCGAUUACCAUUGUCAAGGUGGCCGACGCGGAAGUCAAAUGUCCCGAGUGUCACAUUCUGGGAUACCUGCUACUGUACUUCGCGUCGUGCGUGAAUCCGAUUAUCUACGUGAUCAUGAACAAGCAGUACCGACAGGCGUACGCCGGCGUGAUCGGUUGCUCGUGGAUAAGGGCGGGCUUAACGCCGUACGGCAGCAGUGCGCCGGGUGCCGGCGGUCUUCAGGCCCAUCAGCAUGACUACGCCCAAGAUUACUCGAAGGACUUCAGCAAAACGAUGGUAUCGACGGUUUCUAUCGCUAUGAAUCCUGUGAGAGGUUCGCAAAUCCAGGACGAGCUCUGAGAGCCGACGUCGAGAAAAAAUCGAAAAGGGAAGAGACGUUUUUCGUCUUACGAAAAGAAGAGAAAAUGGAAGAAGAAGAAAGAAGUUGUUACUGAUAAUAUUUGUAAUAGUUAUCGAGCCAGUUUGCAUAAUUUUUUUACCUUUUUUAAUACAAUAAGAAGAUAAAACACUAAUUAUUUUGUCGUUAAAGAGCGAAGCAAUAGAAGAUAGAAUACUUUAUAAAUUAUUUAUUCGUUAAAGAGCGAAAUAAUAGAAAUGUCGAAUAUGUACCGUUAAUUAAGUUUAUUAAUUUCGAAGUAUUCGUGGAACAGACAAAAAGUUAUUCUUUCUGCCGAAUAAUAACUUUACCAAAGAAUGUCAAGUGUCAUUGUAUUUUAUAAUAAAGUACAAACUUUUUAUCGUC